UUGAAAGAAGAGAAAGAAUUUUUUUUUCAGAAUUAUUUAUUGUGGUAUACAUGUAUUAGGAUAACAUCCAAGCCAACAUUGUUUAUCCUUCAGUGCAGCAAAAAAGGUUACUUUAUAAAAAUCAAUAACAACAAAAGUACAUAAAUACCGAAGUAUUUUAGUGUGUGUUUAGAAAUGGGUCUAGGAGUAAACAUUUGUAUAAUAUUCUGCUACCUGAACGCAGUAUGCGCCUUUUUAAUUGCAUACCUCUUUAACAUCAAAGUAAGUUCCCUAUCUAUUAUCUCGCUUAAGAGUAAUUGGGAUAGUGCUGAGAAGGCGCGUGCAUGCCUGCAUGCGGCCCUGAUUUAUUUCAUCAUAGCGAUAGCUUUAAAUAUACGAUCUAUUUUCCAGUUUCGUUCCAAUACAUUUAGAAACUUAUCUACAUUGGAUUCACAAACACAAUCUCUCGAAGUGGGUGACUCGAAGAUGAUGACCAUACCACUUCUUGCACCUCUUAGCCAUCGAUACGAUGCCCCUGGCACUGUAUCGUUGGAACAUGAGGUAAAGAUAAGACCAUAUGGCACUUGACUAAUGUAUUUAUAUUCAAAAUAUUAUUUUCAAAAAUCUGAGGUUAAUUGAUUCCUUUUCCUGAAAUUAUGAACGAAUUAUUUCAAUGUGAUAAUAAAAUGUUAGCUAUUUAUCACAAAACAUGAAUAUUUAUUAUAGGUUUAGCUUCUCGUCCUUUCAUUAUCGUAUGCGUAUAGGUGCAAGCAGGAUUGACUGAUUUUUAUUGAGUUUUUCAUUUUUUCCCUCUUUCCUCCAAAGGAUAAAUAUUAAAGAAUAGAUUUAAAAGGGUCAUAGCUAUAUGUUGCAUUCCUUGACUUAUCUAUCUAUAUAUUUAUAAACUUAAAUAGACUUAUUCAAUUACAUAUUGGUUCGAGUCAGAACUACAAAGUGACUGAAAA